GUAAACAUUCGUCUCCCCUUCCCCCAUCAACUGCAGCAACCAGAACCACCCCGACCGCAUCAGAGGAACACACCGUCUGGUGUUCACUACUUGCAAGAUGCAGUCCGGAAUCUCAGUCUCCCCCGAACUGCAAACAGCCUUCACAACCUUCACCACCACCCCCACCCAAUUCUGCCUGCCCGUGACCAUCCAAUCCGAGCGCCUCACCCCACUCCCUCCCCUCGCCUUCACCAGCCCCAGCAACGACUUCUACGCCUCCCUCCCGCAACUCGCCGGCAUCCUCGAGCCCAAAACCCCCAUCUACCUGCUCCUGCGCCGACCCGCCACGAUUGGAACUGGGGAACUGCUGGCCCUAACCUACAUCCCGUCGAACGCGGGGGUGCGCCACAAGACACUCUUCGCCGCGACGCGCGCGACGCUGGCCCGGGAGCUCGGCACGGAGAAGUUCGCCGCAACGAUCUUCGCGACGGAUGAGGAGGAGGUGGUGGGCGAGGAGGCGUGGCGGGAGCGGGAGGCCGAGCAGAAGAAUCCGUCGGGCCGGGGGGUGGGUGGGGCCGCCAGGGAGGAGCUGAUGGGGGAGAAGGAGCGGGAGUUGGAGGCUGUGAGACGGGCGGAGGAGGAGGCGAGGAGUGGGACGCCGGGACGGGAUAUUGGGAUCGGGGGCACAUUUCAGAGGGCUGCAGGAAGUUUGUUUGCGUCCGGGGGAACCGGGGGUGGCGCGUCGGGGAUGCGGAUUCAGAUGCAUGUCGAUGAGGAGGUUAAGGCGGCGCUGGGGGGGUUGCAGAUGGGUGGAUUGGUGCAGUUGGCCAUCGAGGUCAAGUCUGAAGCUUUCAAGGUGGCAGUCGCCGAGUCCGGUGUUGAUGCCACCGCCGUCCAGUCGCACAUCCCCGAUAACGCGCCGCGGUACACUUUCUAUCACUACCCGGACUCCGAGGUCGUCAUCUUCAUCUAUACCUGCCCGUCGGGUUCGUCGAUCCGCGAACGCAUGCUGUACGCCAGCUCCCGCAUGCACGCGCUUGCCAUGGCUGAAGAGCAGGGGCUGAAGAUCUCCAAGAAGAUCGAGGCGUCCUCCCCGGACGAGAUCUCAGCCGAGAGACUGCAGGAGGAGGUCCAGCCUCCACAGCACACAGGCCCCAGCCGCGGCUUUGCGAGACCGAGACGUCCCGGCCGGUAAAUGAUCUCCCAGGCGGACUGACUCCCCAACGUCUGAUUUCUUGUACAUCUUGCUUGCUCUAUAAGAUCGAUAAAGUAUAUAGCGCCCGUCCUCUGAAUUAUAGCUGAAAUGCUUCCAGCAGCGUAUAUUG